AUUUAUGCAAGGUCACAUUUGUUUUGAUUUUGCGUAUACAUUAAAAUUUUAAAUUUAAAGUUAUUAUAAAGAUUUAUUUAAGAAUCUUGAAAGAUUUAUAGUCAUAUCUUCAGAUUGAAUGACAAUAUUGCUCAAUCUUAUGAAGUAACUCUGAAAAAAUCUCUUAAAGAAACAUUUCACCGAUUUCUACACAAUACAAUCAACAACUCUAUUUAUGAGAAGAAACUCAGUAAAAUAGUAUAGUGUGAAGAUGUUAUUCUGGAUCAUAUUGACGAUUCUCAUCCUUGUUAUAUUUGUGACUAAUCAGCACUACUUUAGUUAUUGGUCAAACCGCAAUGUACCUCAUAAAAAUCCAAUAUUCUUCCUUGGAGAUCUUGCAGGAAUGUUAUCACUGAAAAAAGGAAUGGGAGAAUAUUUUGCACGAAUCUAUGAAAAUAAUAAAAAUAAGAGGAUUUUCGGACUUUAUUUUUCAUAUCGACCAACUUUAUUAAUUUGUGAUCCAUUGUUAAUUCAGGAUGUUUUAAUUAAAGACUUCCCAAGUUUCCAUGAUCGUGGAUUUCCUAUAAAUGAGGAAGUUGAUCCACUUGGUGGACAUUUGUUUGUUUUAUCUGGACAAAGAUGGCGAGAUUUGAGAGUCAAAUUAUCGCCAACAUUCACAGGAGGAAAACUUAAAGGAAUGUAUCCGACAAUCUUUAACUGUGCUCAUGUUCUUCAAGAGUAUAUUGAGAAAGGUGUCCAAAAUGGAAAUGAUAUUUUCGAUAUUCAUGAUUUAAUGGGACGAUUCACAACAAAUGUCAUCUCUUCAGUAGCAUUUGGAAUUGAAAAUGACUGCAUUAAUGAUCCAGAAGAUGUAUUUAGGAAGAUGGGAGUUAAAUUCAUUCAACCUACAUUAAAAAUAAUGAUUAUAAAUAUUCUUACAGUCUUUGUUCCAAAACUUUUGACACUGUUAAAGAUUAAGAUAGUUCCUCAUGAUAUAGAAGAAUUUUUUAUGUCUGUAGUCCAGCAAACGAUAGAACAACGUGAAAAGAAUCAAGAUUUUGAAAGAAAAGAUUUUAUGCAAAUGCUAAUUCAGCUUAAAAAUCAAGGAUAUGUGUCUGCAGAUAAAGAUGAUGAUCAGAACAACACUGAAUCAACCAGUGCUGAUAAGAAGCAUGAGACAAGGAAAUUGACAUUGCAUGAAGUUGCAUCACAAGCUUUUUUGUUCUUUGCUGCAGGUUUUGAAACAUCAAGUUCAACGUCAAAUUUUUGUCUGCUUGAAUUAAGUAAAAAUCCAGAGGUUCAAAAGAAGGCACAAGAUGAAAUUGAUGAAAUCAUGAGUGCUUCUAAUUCAUCUGAAAUAACUUAUGACAUGCUUGGAAAAAUGAAGUUCUUAGAAUGCUGCAUUGAUGAAACUCUGAGGAAAUAUCCAAUUGUUCCUGUACAUAUAAGAGAAUGCACUAAAGAUUACACAUUUUCUGACUCAAACUGGAAUAUUGAAAAAGGAACGACUGUUUUUAUUCCAGUUCAAGGACUUCAUCGAGAUCCAAAUAUUUAUGAAAAUCCAAUGGAAUUCCGACCUAAGAGAUUUAUGGACUCUGCAAGUGGAAAUGGUAAUUCGAAUGGAGUUUACUAUAUGCCAUUCGGAGAUGGACCCAGAAACUGCAUCGGAGCACGAAUGGGAAAAUUACAAACAAAAUUAGGUCUUGCUAUGAUCUUGUCUAAAUUUUCAUUUGAACCUGUUGAUAAACAUUUGAUGAAUAGUGAAAUUGAAAUGCAUCCAAAUCAAUUCAUUCUCACACCCAAGGAAACAAUUUUGUUGAAGGCAUCCUUGCGUUAAUAAACGAAAUUAUUCAUUUAUGACGUUUAGAAAAAUUUUAACCUGUGGUAGGCAAACGGA